ACCUGCACUCAGUGUGGAAAGAGUUUCAGCCAAUCAUCAUCCCUUAAUCAACACAUGAGGAUCCACACUGGAGAGAAACCAUUCACAUGCACUCAGUGUGGGAAGAGUUUCAGCCAAUCAUCAUCUCUUAAUCUACACAUGAGGAUCCACACUGGAGAAAAACCAUUCACAUGCACUCAGUGUGGGAAAUGUUUCAGCCAAUCAUCAAACUUAAAUCAACACAUGAGGAUCCACACUAAAGAGAAACCAUUCACUUGCACUUAUUGUGGGAAGAGUUUCAGCCUAUCAUCAUCCCUUAAUAUACACAUGAGGAUCCACACUGGAGAAAAACCAUUCGCAUGCAGUCAGUGUGGGAAGAGUUUUAGCUGUUUAUCACACCUUAAUCACCACAAGUGGAUCCACACUGGAGAGAAACCAUUCACAUGCUCUCAGUGUGGGAAGAGUUUCAGCCAAUCAUCAUCCCUUAAUAUACACAUGAGGAUCCACACUGGAGAGAAACCAUUCACAUGCACUCAGUGUGGGAAGAGUUUCAGCCAAUCAUCAUCCCUUAAUAUACACAUGAGGAUCCACACUGGAGAGAAACCAUUCACAUGCACUCAGUGUGGGAAGAGUUUCAGCCAAUCAUCAUCCCUUAAUAUACACAUGAGGAUCCACACUGGAGAGAAACCAUUCACAUGCACUCAGUGUGGGAAGAGUUUUAACUGCUCAUCACUCCUUAAUAAACACAUGAAGAUCCACACUGAAGAGAAACCAUUUGCAUGCACUCAGUGUGGGAGGAGUUUCAGCCACUCAUCGUCCCUUAAUCGACACAUGAAGACCCACACUGGAGAGAAACCAUUCACAUGAACUCAAUGUGGGAAGAGUUUCAACAGAUCAGCAAACCUAAAUGAACACAUAAAGAUCCACAGUGAUGUGAGAGAGUAUGUGUGCUUAAGUGUGAGAAGACUUUUCUUACAGCUCAAAUUAAAACUGCACCAGACGAUUCUCACUGGAGAGACCGUACAAGUUUUCACACUGUGACAAGAGGUUUAAUCAGUUAACACAUCUGAAAACAGAAGAAGAUUGGAUGCAUCUGUACUCCACUUUCCAGUGUAUUCAUGUAGCUAGAGUUGCUUUGGAUGAUGUUCUCUGUCUGACUCCCUGAAUGAGAAAAAUCACUAGGAAGAAAGUCCAUUCAUUUGUCCUGUGUUGCAUCUUUUAUUAGUAAAGUUUCUUUACUUUUAGGGUCAAGAUUCUUUCUAGUUUACUACAUUUACUUUUUUGAGUAGAAUACAAACUUGAUGAAUAUUUUAUGAUUUGGGCAGACCGACAGGUAUUCAGUUUUACAAUAUUAAUAUACUGUGAUGAUCCCAAAACUCCAGAUUGCCUGCAUUACUCAUUAAUGGGUAUAUAAAAAGUUGUUGUGCUAGCUACUCCAGGUCGCUGUGGCUUCUCAGGAGUCAUCAUGUCAAGACCUGCCAUCUCAUUGACUCUUUAACCUUAUGUGUUGUUGUGAUUUAUAUCCUAAGUCUUUAUCUUCAUUAUUAUCCCUAAACAUUUGUUGGUUGCUUUGAUUGAUUGUUCUACGAGUUACAUUUUAUAAUAAAUAAUUUGCAUUCAGGCUAUUUUGUUGGCUCGUCUCUCUUUUAUGUUGGGACUCAAACAAGCAUAACACUUUUUGUAAAAUGUGUCCAGUUGCGUCCAAGAUCUUUUCCUUUCAGUCAUGACCAUAGGUAAGAGUAGGAACCUAGAUUGA